UGUUGUUGGGUUUCCCUCGCGCCUCUGCUGCUGCCGCCCGAACAUGGCUGCGCGGGUGUGCAGCAUCGCUGCGAGCGCGCUCCGCCGUCUGCCCCUGCGGAGGGGCCCCGGGCCCGGCCACCCCGCCGGAGCUGCACUUGGGGCCGGGCCGAGGGCCUACUCGAAAGACAGCGAAGGCAGCUGGUUCCGGUCUCUCUUUGUCCACAAAGUGGAUCCCCGGAAGGAUGCCCAUUCUACCCUCCUGUCAAAGAAGGAGACCAGCAACCUGUACAAGAUUCAAUUUCACAAUGUGAAGCCUGAGUGCCUGGACGCCUACAACAGCCUCACGGAAGCAGUACUCCCCAAGCUUCAUGUGGACCCGGACUACCCUUGUGCCCUGGUGGGGAAUUGGAAUACGUGGUACGGGGAGCAGGAUCAGGCAGUGCAUUUGUGGCGAUUCUCAGGAGGCUAUCCUUCUCUCAUGGACUGCAUGAACAAACUCAAAGUGAACAAGGAGUACCUGGAAUUCCGGAAGGAGAGGAGUAAGAUGCUGCUGUCCAGGAGAAACCAACUGCUUUUGGAAUUCAGUUUCUGGAAUGAGCCCCAGCCUCGGGAGGGCCCCAACAUUUACGAACUAAGGACUUACAAGCUGAAGCCAGGGACCAUGAUUGAGUGGGGAAACAACUGGGCUCGAGCGAUCAAGUACCGUCAGGAAAACCAGGAAGCUGUGGGUGGCUUCUUCUCCCAGAUUGGAGAGCUCUAUGAGGUCCACCAUCUCUGGGCCUAUAAAGACCUGCAGUCCCGGGAGGAAACCCGGAAUGCAGCCUGGAGGAAGAGGGGCUGGGAUGAGAAUGUCUAUUACACAGUCCCUCUGGUACGGAACAUGGAGUCUCGUAUCAUGAUUCCCCUGAAGAUCUCACCCCUCCAGUGACCCUGCGGACUCCUUGCUCGUCCCUGGAGGGAGCUGUUAGCCAGAAGAGUCCCCCUCCUCCCCUCCCCAGACACUCCCUCUUCCCCCCCACAGCUUCCUCUCCACCUCAUACCCCAUUUCCCCUGCUCCCUCCCUUCCCCCCCAUCCUCUCAGAUUUCAUGCCUCAUUCCUUCUUUGGGGUCUGGCAGGAUCCUCAGGGAGUUAGGUCAGGCUGAGGCUCGCUGAAUUAGACCAAGACCUGUCUGCUUCUAAUUGCACCACCUCCCCUUUCUGUUCUUCCUUUGGUUUCAGGCAGAUGCCUGACCCAAUGGUUAGAGUUUGGGGUUUGGAAUCAGGAAGACCUGUGUUUAAAUCAUGCUUAAGACACUUCCUAGCUAUGUAACUAGCUGGGCGUUUUGAUCUCUCUGGGCCUCAGUUUGCUCAUCUGUCAAAUGGGGAUAAUAAUAUCACCUACCUCACAGGGUUGUUGUGAGGAGCAAACAAGAUAAUGUAUGUAAACGGCUUUGCAAACCAUAAAGCUAGCAAUCAUUCUUCUUACCAUUCUCCUCAUUCUGCCAGCUCCUGAUCCCCCCAGGGAAGUUUAAGCAGGUCUCAGCUUCUAAUUUCCUUUUCCCCAAGACCCCUCUGCUCUGGCUGCCUAGGCCUGGUUUCCUUCCAUGAAAAUGCAAUCAUAUUUAUGUAAGAGAUAGUGUUGCCCUGUGGUUAGAGAUUAGAGGCAAGAGCUGGGGUCGGGCUCUACAGUCUUCCAUGCCUACCUCAGCUACUGGCUUCCCUGAUGUCCCUGAGCCAAGUCCCUGUCUUUGCUACUUAACCCAGGCUCUCAAUAAAUGAUCUUAAACCAGUGAGAGGGCUAAAAGAGAUCAAGGCUGUUGGGAUGGGGGCUUUUGAGCCCAGCUUUUAGAAGAUGGAGGGCUCACUGCCUGCGGGCAGGGGCCUGAGGGCAGGGCAGUCUUGAAUUUGUGCUGUCUUCAUGGGCAUGGGUUAGGAUGUUAGCUAUCACUGCAGCUGCCAGCUGGGCAGAAGAGGAGGCCUCCCAGCCACUUUCUUUCUUUCUUUCUUUCU